CCACCGGGCACUUGUAGUUCGGAUUAGCUACAGUCGGUAGAAGCAGAGAAUGCUCUGGUAGAAGUAAGUCAAGGAGUUUCCAACAGGUGUGAGAUGAACACCUCUGCCCUUGCCCAGUCCGCCAUCCUGUUCCCCAGCCUGGACAGUGGGGCGGGGAAGCCUGCAGGGCUGGGUGGCUCAGAGAUGGAGCUGCAGAAGAUGCUGAUUGAUGAGAGGAUGAGGUGUGAAAACCACAAGACCAAUUACCAGGCCGUGAAGGCUGAACACACCAGGCUGCAGGAUGAGUUUACACGGGGGCAGAGUGAGCUGAAGCGUCUGCUGAGUGACAAGCAGGCGGGUCAGGAGAGGCUGCAGCUGCUCCUGGCUGAGCUGAGAGGAGAACUGCUGGACAAGACCAGGGAGCUGGAGGAGCUGCGCUUACAGGUGCUGACCCCUCAGAGGUUGGAGCUGCUGAGAGCCCAGGUGCAGCAGGAGAUGGAGGCUCCAGUCAGAGAACGCUUCAACAGGCUGGAGGAGGAGACGGAGAAGUAUAGGUCUGAGUACAACAAGCUGAGGUACGACUACACCUUCCUCAGGUCUGAGUUUGACCACCAGAGGGAGGAGAGUGCUCGUAUCCUGGAAGAGACCAAGAUCCGCUUUGACGCUGAGGUAUCACGGCUGGAGCGUGACAGGGAGGACCUGGUGGCCCAGGUCCAGGGUCCGGACCCAUCUCGUGAUGGGAAGCGGGUAGAGGUGCUGCUGAGAGACAAGGCCCAGCUCCACCUGAGGCUGAAGGGCCUGGAGGCCGAGGUGGCUGAGCUCCGCGCCCAGAGGGACAACUCUGGCCAGCAGGCUGAGAACGUGCAGCGAAUCCAGGUCCGCCAGCUAGCUGAGUCCCAGGCUGCGGUCAAGGCCCUGGAGGCGGAGAGGCAGUCUCUGCGCCUGCAGCUGGAGCGUCUGGAGAGUGAGCUGCAGCUGAGCCAUGAACAGAACAACCUGCUGACCUCACGACUCCACAAGGCAGAGCGAGAGGUCAACUCCCUCACCAGCCAGGUGGAGGGCAUGAGACACUCUCACAAGCUGGAUGUGUCCAACGUGAAGCUGGAGUGUGCCCGGGCGAGAGGGGAGGUGGAGAGAGAGAGAGACACCCUGCAGGGACAGAUGGAGGGGCUGCAGUCUGAUGUGGAGGUGUUGAAGGGGACGGUGGAGAGACAUAAGGAGCUGCAGGUGGAGAGAGAGAGGGAGGCGGUCAGGAGGGUGCAGGCCGCCAGGGAGGAGGAGUUUCACAAAACUGCAGCUCUACACGAGGAGAAGUUGGAGCUGGAGAAUCGCUUGGCCGAGCUGGAACAGCAGAGGGCGUUGCAGGAGGCUUCUGAGCGCGCCCUGAAGGAGGAGUGGGAGGAGCGUCUCCGUGGCGCCCAGCAGGGGGAGGAGUCAGUCCGUAAGGAAGUGCAGAGUCUGAGGACCAGGCUACAGCAGCAGGCAUCUCAGCUGGAGGAGCAGGAGAGACUGAGGAGUGAGAACACUGACCUCAGACAGCAGAACCAGGACCUGGAGGUGCAGCUGACCACGCUGGCCCACAGCGAGGGCGACCUCCAGGAGGGCAGCCAGCGCCUCAGGGACACCCUGGAGAGGGUCCGCGAGGAGCUGCGUAAUGCCCGGAGCCAGGCUGAGAGGAGCCAGCACGAGGCUGAGAGGCUGGUUGAGGAGCGCAGGGUGGAGUGGUUGGAGGAGAAACACAAGCUUCAGGAGCGGGAGGCGGAGCUGCAGGAGAAGUACAGCCAGGCCAAGGAGAAGCUGCAGAGGGCAGCUCUGGCCCAGAAGAAGAGGAAGACUCUGACGGAGAACAAGGAGAAGAGGUAUCAGGAUAAGAUCCAGUUGCUGGAGGCCAAGAUGGCAGAGCUGGAACUGCUGACCAGCACAGCCACCAAGCGUCCGUCGUACUCCGAGGAGCACGUGGCGCUCAACCGCCGUCUGAAGGAACUCCAGCGACGGCACGCGGAAUUCCGCCGCCUCUUAUUGGGCAACCAGAUGACCUCAACCCCAGGCCCCACCCUCCUAACCUCCGCCCACGGCCCCGUCCUCAUCCCAGGUUCUGAGGAGACCUUUCUCAGCCUCCAGGAGGAGCAGCACCAGAGAGACCUGUGUCUGCUGCGCCGCAGGCUGGAGGAGCUGGAGUGCAGCCAGCAGCAGCAGCUGGAGGACCUGGAGGCCACAGAGAGAAGAGACCGGAGCCCAGGACCACCAGAGCCACACCUUGAACUCUGACCCCUGACCUCCUGACCCCCAGGCCUUAUAUCACAGACUGGCAUUGGGGGUUAUUCCUCACCUCCUAAAUAAGAUUUGAUGUUUCUUGAUUUGAAUCUUAUCACUGACAUUAACUUUAUUCUAUGUGGAAUGUUUUAUUGACACAUGCAUUACAUCAGCACACAGGAAAUUGUUUUCUAGAUGUUUACAUGUAUUUACUUUGUAUCUGUCAAUGUCUUUGUCUGAAAUCAAUUUGAUAGCCAAACAGUGUCUUACUCAGGUUUUAAACUGGCUUUUGAAAGGAUGUUUGUAUCAAAUGUUUUAUAAUAUUAAUGGGGUGAGACUUAAACCAUGGUUUUACUACAGUUUUUGUACUUCUGUUUUGUGUUUUGUACUUGUAAUAUAAUAAAAUACAUCA